UGUCUCGGAGCCCACGGUUCUUUUUUACUUUUUAGGGUUUUGACAUCGUAAAACCCUGGAGAUGACGACGACGAUAAUGUUCUAAUCUAUUCAUAAUAGGAACAGGGUUGCUCCAGCAUUUGGUCUCAGUUUCUCCAAAAGGAGUAAAGCAUGGGGUCGCAAAAGCGAUCCAAAAAAACAAGAUAUAGCGACAGUGAAUCAGAAGAGUUUGAUGAUUUUGAAAAUCGGAAGCUGAUGAUGGAAGAGGAAGAAAAUUUUGAUGAUGAUGAUAUCGAAGAAGAAGAAGAAGAAGAAGAAGAAGAAGAAGAAGAAGACGAUGAUGAUGCUGAGAGUGAGAGUGAUGGAGAGGAAGAAAUUCAGAACGAUAGCGAUAAAGAUGCUGACAUGGAAGACCUUGAGAAAGAGUAUACUCAUCUUCGCAACCAAGAGCAAGAUAUAUUGAAGAAUCUCAAACGCUAUAAGGAUGAGGAUGUUCUUAAAGGUCAAGCAGUGAGGAACCAAAAGGCUCUCUGGGACAAAACUCUUGAGUUUAGAUUCUUACUUCAGAAAGCAUUUUCAAGUUCAAAUAGAUUGCCACAGGAACCAGUUAGGUCUUCAUUUUGUGAUUUAGAUGGAGGAGUUGGCACAACUUAUGCUGAUGUGAUUGCCUCAUCCAAGAAGACAUUGGAAUCUAUAUUGGAAUUGCAGGAGGCUUUGCUUGAGAAGAAUCCAUCUGUUUCUCAAUCUUCCAAUGGUAAUUCUGGACACUCUGCAAAGAAGCUUUCAAAAGAUUCUAAGAACUCGGAUAUGGAAAGUGAUGAAGAAUGGUCACGAGUUUCUGAAAUGCACAGGAGAAUAGCUCCUUUUAGAGACAAAUCAAUUGAUAAAUGGCAAAGAAAGGCACAGGUGACUACUGGUGCUGCUGCUAUUAAGGGAAAAUUUCAGGCUUUUAAUCAGAACAUAAGUGAACAAGUUGCUUCUUAUAUGAGGGAUCCAAGCAGAAUGCUGAAGCAAAUGCAACAAAGCAGAUCAACAAUCAGCGUAUUUGGAACUGUUGUUGAGCCGCUUGGAGAUACCAGUGGAGAGGAAGCAAGGCUUGAUGGUGAUCCUGAGCUUCUUGAUGACACCGAAUUUUAUCAGCAAUUACUAAAGGAAUUUUUUGAGACAACUGAUCCCACAUCCUCUGAGACUGCUUUUUAUGCUCUGAAAAGAUUGCAAAAGAAGAAGAGAAAGAUCGUUGAUCGCAGAGCCUCAAAGAGUCGCAAGAUCAGGUACAAUGUCCAUGAGAAGAUUGUAAAUUUCAUGGCUCCUCAACCCAUGAACAUUCCUCCUAUGGCCCCCAAAUUAUUUGAGAAUUUGUUUGGACUCAAGACCCAAAGACAUGCAUCGGCAGUUUAAUUUGAAGCCCAUACUUUCCUUUGUGAGGGACAAUGUUGUAAAAAUGGGGAAGAACAAUUGAUGCAGUUACUAUUCUCAUGAUAGUCAUUUUUUGACAGUUCAAAUUUUAAAGCAAGCAAGCAUACUUGCUUUAAAGCAGAAUCAACCUUUUUCAUUUUUCACCUUGAAGUUGUGUUCUGACAUCUGUGCGUGAGAAAGAAAACCUCAACGCCAUGCUCCUACCUGGAUUUGUUUUCUUUGAACUUUACACAUUGAUCACUUGGACUCA